AUGGAAAGGCGGGUGCAGCUGGUGAAGAAGGACAGCGAGCGGGAGAAGCACCGCAUCUUCCAGGGCUUCGAGGUGGACGAGAAGCCGGAGGCGGAAACGUGCGAGAAACUGCCGCUGGAGUGUCCCCAGGACCUGCUGGAGCCCCCCCCGACCCUGCAGCCCAAGCACUUCCCCUACGGCAGGAACGGGAAGGGGCAUAAAAGGAAGCCGACGUUUGGGAGUGCGGAGAGGAAGACGCCCGUUAAAAAACUGGUGUCCGAGUUCUCGAAAGUGAAGAGUAAAACUCCGAAGCACUCCCCGGGGAAGGAGGAAUCGGGUGGCUCCUUGUCCGAAACUGUUUGUAAACGAGAACUGCGGAGCCAAGAGACUCCAGAAAAACCCAGGUCGCUCUUGGAGACCCCGCUCCGAGCCUCGGCCCCGCCAAAGGGCCCCGGUGCCCACCCCAAGGAGAAGGGCUUCUUCAGCAGCGAGACAGAUGACCUGCCCUAUCUCUCAACCACGGAAAUGUACUUGUGCCGCUGGCACCAGCAUUGGAGGGCCGUGGUGGGGGCGAAGGGCCAACCUCUCUGUGCCGCGGCGAACCUGGACGACAGCGUCUUUUCCAAACGGCACGCGAAGCUGGAGCUGGAUGAGAAACGAAGGAAAAGGUGGGAUAUUCAGCGGAUCAGGGAACAGCGAAUUCUACAGCGGCUGCAGCUCCGAAUGUACAAAAGGAAAGGGAUUCAGGAGUCGGAGCCUGAAGUUACCUCAUUUUUCCCUGAGCCAGAUGACGUGGAAAGUUUGCUCAUCACCCCUUACCUGCCUGUCGUCGCCUUUGGCCGGCCCUUACCAAAACUGACCCCACAGAACUUCGAGCUGCCCUGGCUGGACGAGCGCAGCCGCUGCCGGCUGGAGAUGCAGAAGAAGCAGACGCCGCACCGGACCUGCCGGAAAUAG